UAUACAUCUGACAAAUAUCUUAAGUUUUCUUCAAUUAUCUAGUGUUUACCUUUUAUUUUGGAAGCUUCAAAUAUGACAGAAGAAUUAUCUAUGGAACAGCUAAUCGAAUAUGAAAAAUGCCUUCUUGAAUGGAUCGUAUUAUGUUCACAAAUCGUCAAUGAAUUGACCUCACUUGCUGAUAAUUUAGAUGAACAUUUCCAAAAUAUUGCCAAGGCAAAAAUCGGAGGAUCUGCUGCUGGAAUCGUUGGAGGUAUACUUGCUAUUGUUGGAUUUGGUCUAUCCUUUGUUACCUUUGGAGCCUCGUUAGGAUUAUCUAUUGCAGGUGGUGUUAUUGCCGGAGCAGGAGGAUUGACUGUCGGUGGUUCAGUUGCAACUGAUGCAUUUCUCUCAAGAAAACGAAAACAAGCAGCUGAAGAGCUUAUAAAAAAAUAUAAUAAAAAAUUGGAUGAAGUAAAAAACAAAUAUCUAAUAAUACAUGUUGAAUUACAGAAAAUAGCUGAACUAACAAAUCUUGGUUCAUGCAUCGAAGAAGUUUUCCCCCAUUGGAUAAAAUUUUGGUGGAAUCUUGUUAAAGGAGCUGGUCAGGCAGGAUGGGGAACAGGUGCGAGUAUUAUUUAUACAACCAUCAAAUCAUCAUUCCAACUUGCAACCGUUCUUGAUGAUGCAGCAAUUACUGGACUAAGAAUUGGAGGUGGAGUAUUUAAGACCUUUGGAACUGUUGGACGAGUUUUUCAUGUUGCGGGUGGUGUUGCUGGCAUUGUGUUUCUUCCACUAGACAUUUUCACCAUGGUAGAUUCUGCUAUUGAUGUACACAAGAAAAAUCCACAUGAAGUAUCAUCUGCGAUGAGGAAAUUGGCAAAAAAGAUUGAAGAAGAGUGUCCAACAAAAGACUCAAUUAAAACAAUGAUAGCAGAGACAUUGAGACAGUUAGAAAAAAAAUAGAUUAAUAUUAACUAACAUAUCUGAUCGUUAUAA